AUGACUCAAAUUCAAAAAAACCCCCCGAGUUCACCGUUCACCACUGGCUCCUCCGAGUCUCCACAAUCCCGAUCCCAAACCCAACCCUACCUACCUCCCAUCUUUGAGUAUCCCCCACCCAACCUACCUCCCAUCUCCGAGUAUCUCCCAUCACUCGCAUCACUCAAAUUUCACACUUCACACUGGGAAUACCAGUAUCGACAUCAGUAUCAGUCACUUAUGCAUAUACGCAAAUACGGUGACCAAGUCAACACCUCAACGUCAACUCCUCCGAACCCACCGAACCUACCCUUCGAACCCACCGAACCCACCCACUCACAUAUCCAACGCACAUAUCCAAUGCACAAAACCCACACAUCCAAAUUCCGAAUCUAUCCCUCUAUCCCUCUAUCCCUCGGUUCCUCAGUUCAUCGGAGCAAGAGUCAAUACACACCCCACAUCACACAUCCCACAUCCCACAUCCCACAUCCCACAUCCCACAUCCCACACCCCACAUCCCACACCUCACAUCACACAUCCCACAUCCCACAUCCCACACCCCACAUCGCGCAUUGCAUUGCAUUGUGGUGGGGUGGGGUGCGGGAACGGGGCUUGGAUAGUGGAGCGGUGGGGUGGAGUGGGGAACUCGUCUCCAUUCUCCUCGUCUACUCAAAACUCAGAAACACCAUACCUAGUGCCCUUCUCUUUCUCCCUCACCCACCCCCUCAUCACUCAACACUCAUCACUCAACACACACCCUCCACUUCGCACUCCACUUCGCACUCACCCAACACACCCCCUCCACUUCGCACUCAGGUAACUCCAGACUCCAACUCUGGUCCAACAUUUCACGAAUGA